CCCCCUGCCCCCCCCCCUUCAGUCUGAAGGCUUCUUGGAGCAGCAGAGUAAAAAGCCCCCUGGCACAGACGGGCCGAGGGUCCCAAUCUCUGGGCUCACAAUAGGGGGGCGGAUCUAAGCCCCAGGAGGUGGGUGCAGGGUGGUGAGCGAGGCUGAGGCUGGGGGCCCUUCAGCAGUCACAGGCUGGUUCCUCGGCACGUCGGGAUUUUGGAGACGCGAAUGCUCCUUUCCACUGAGAAAGUGCUAAAACAACAACUCUUAGACAAGUUGGUGCGGAGCACACAUCAACAUUUAUUCAGUCGCCGUCAGAGGAGCCAGCAUGGGACAAAAGCGUGUCAGUUCAGAAAGGAUAUGAAACCUGGGGGGGAUUCUCGGGAAACAGAUGCCUGUUACAUAAGCGGCUUGUUUACUCUUGAGGAUCCCAGCUUCCUUCCACACGGUCACGAACACAUCAUCUGUUCGUCGGUAGCGUCGUGUCAGAGGAAAUCGGACAGGACGCCCAGGGCACCACGCGGUGCCCACUUUCUCCGUUCAGGACCCUACGGCAGCACCUUUGGCAGCUGCUCGGCUCUGCUGUCGUGCCGCAGAAAGUAGCCGGGGCCGGUACGAUGCACCGGCUCAAACUCAAAUUUCAGUUUGAGUUUCUUGUAACUUUCACGUGUCACAAAAUAGCCUUUUUUUUUCCAAUCCACUUAAAAUGUAAGAACCAUUCUUAAUCUCUAGGCUGUGGACCGGACCUGGCCUGCAGGCCGUCGCGUGUGGCCCCGGCGCACAGAGGCACCGCAGAAGAGCCAGGCAUCGAGGCGCACGCGGCGGUGGACACAGGUCACCAGGGAUACGUGCUGCUCGCCCUGCUGGGGUCAGCUAGCACGGAUGUGGACACUGUCCCCGGGUCAGCAGCACCUCCCCAGCGACGGUUCUGCUCUUAGACGUUUCAUCAAAUGGCUAGUAAACGCACGGAAUGCAAAGUCUGUACAAUUCUUAGUUUUGGAACAUUUUGGGGAGCACAUGUUUUUUCUGCUUCUUUGACAAACGAGGUACUUCUCACUCUUGCUGUGUGGCCUUGGGCAGGUCCCCUUGCCCUCCUGGGCCUCCAUUUUCCAUCCUUUGAAGAUCAGAGUAGUACCUUCUCACACAAUUCUUGUGGGGAAAAUGCCCUUUGCACAGUGACGGGCACUUGAGGGCCUGAGGAAAACCUAAGCACAGGAGCUCACAGGGUCCCCGGGUGCCCACUUGACCCCGACCCCCAGAAGCCCAGCUCCCUUCUGAUGGAAGCAGGGAGGUGAGUCCUAUACCCACUUCCUCCAGGAAAACUGCCCCAAGGAGCCCCCCAGGCCCCUCCUGGGGCUGGUGAGACCAGCCUUUCCCUUGAGAGUGGGUGGGGCAUCGGGCCCCAGAGGAGAGACAGAGGGACCCUGGGGGAAAGGCUGCCCUUGGUCUCCCUCUGACUUCUUCCCCCAGGGGCCUUCACGCUCUUGCGUUGAGGGCGGCCCUGGAGGGUCUUUCGUGGGCGAGAAGAGCCAGGCCUCCAGCCAACCAGGGUAGAGAAGGAAAAACCCCAAGUUUCUCUAUGAUUGGAUUCAGGCUUUGUUUGUUAUUCAAAAUCUCAAGCACCUGCUGUGCUGGAGAUACAGCAGCGAGAGAGAGGCUUGGCUGCCCUCACGGGGUGUACACUUCAGACGACUGAUAGACACACAGGCAGGCGCUGUGUGCAGUCCUGUGCCAUUGCACUUCCAAGAAUCUCACGUGUGUGAACUUGUGUGAACCUCGCAGCCACCUGUGAGAGACGGAAGUAACUUGCUGAAUCUCACAGUGGUCGGUGCCUGUGUCAGGAUUCAUCUCAGGCAGGCUCCCCCGAGCGCACGCCCUGCCGCACCGCCGCAAGAUGCAGGUUUGCUUGACGUACUGCCGUCGACUGCCGGCCCAGCCCUGUUCAGAGGACAAGCCCCAGGCGCUCACCCCUCAGCCCUGUGGAGUCAGAUCUCCCAGUGUCCCGUGGACCGAGUCCAGGUUCAAGGCCUGGCCCGGUGGAGCCCAGAUGCACAGCUUCCCUGCCGUGGGACCCACUCCUCUCUCAGCGUCCCAGGAAAUGACAGGACCUGCUCCCUGUGGAAGGCCCUUCUCCUUUUUAUAUUCAAAUCUCUAGCUGCAGCCUGGCCAGGAGCGGGUCCACCUCUGUGGCUGGUCCUCCCCACACCCAGGAACAUCUUCUGAGAAUCUGCGGCUGGCUGCCCCAAGGGCCUGAAGCUCACGUCUGGCAGCUCUACCACCCCUGCCACAGGGAGGUAGAGGCCCCGGGGACCCUUGGAGCAGGGGGACCCCCAGGGGACGGUGGGUGAGAAGCCUUGAUUCAGUAACCCAGAGGCAGCAGAGUCCUGUAGUUAAAGGCACGAGCGGCAUGAGAUAGAGACAGAAGCGGGUUCAAAUCCUGACUUUGCUACUUGCUAACUGGGAGACCAAAGACAGAGCAUUUAUUGCACGUCUAUUGGCCUCACUUUCCUCAUCUGUAAAAUGGACUCGUAACGGCUCCUUCUUGGUGGGCGCUCCUACAGAGCGAGGAUUUUUGUGAGGAUCAAAGGGGAUAAUGACACCUGGGAACAAAGUGGCACAGCGUGGGUGUGGAAUCACGACCUGUGUCCUUUAAUCUGAUCUGGAGACUGCCCUGGUUGGGUGUGCAGAGCACUUGGAGUGAUUGCCUGCGAGAGUCACCAACUCUACACGAAGGAACCAUGGACACAAUCAGCGAGGUGGUGCAGCGGGCCAGAGCCGCCUUCAACGCGGGCAAGACGCGCCCGCUCCAGUGCCGCGUCCAGCAGCUGGAGGGGCUGCGGCGCCUGAUCCGCGAGCGCGAGAAGGACCUCGUGGGCGCGCUGGCCGCCGACCUCCGCAAGAACGAAUGGACCGCCUACUACGAGGAGAUCGUGUACGUCCUGGAGGAGAUCGACUACGUGAUCAAGAAGCUCCCUGAGUGGGCUGCGGACGAGCCCGUGGAGAAGACGCCCCAGACCCAGCAGGAUGAGUCGUACAUCCACUCAGAGCCCCUGGGUGUGGUUCUCAUCAUGGGCACCUGGAACUACCCCUUCAGCCUCACCAUCCAGCCCAUGGUGGGCGCCAUUGCUGCAGGGAACGCGGUGGUCCUCAAGCCGUCGGAGCUGAGUGAAAACACAGCGAGCCUGCUGGCCACCAUCCUCCCCCAGUACCUGGAUAAGGAUCUGUACCCGGUGAUCAUUGGGGGUGUCCCGGAAACCACGGAGGUGCUCAAGGAGAGAUUUGACCACAUCCUGUACACCGGGAGCACCGGGGUGGGCAGGAUCGUCAUGAUGGCUGCGGCCAAGCACCUGACCCCUGUCACGCUGGGGCUGGGGGGCAAAAACCCCUGCUACGUGGACAAGGACUGUGACCUGGAUGUCGCCUGCAGACGCAUCGCCUGGGGGAAAUUCAUGAACAGUGGCCAGGUGUGCGUGGCCCCCGAUUACAUCCUGUGUGACCCCUCGAUCCAGAACCAAGUCGUGGAGAAGCUCACAAAGUCCCUGAAGGAGUUCUACGGGGAGGAUGCCAAGAAGUCCCGCGACUAUGGGAGAAUCAUCAACUCCCUACACUUCCAGAGGGUGAUGGGCCUGAUGGAAGGCCAGAAGGUCGCCUACGGGGGCACCGGGGAUGCGACCAGCCGGUACAUAGCCCCCACCAUCCUCGUGGACGUGGACCCCCAGUCCCCGGUGAUGCAGGAGGAGGUCUUCGGGCCCAUAAUGCCCAUCGUAUGCGUGCGCGGCCUGGAGGAAGCCAUCCAGUUCAUCAACCAGCGCGAGAAGCCCCUGGCCCUCUAUGUGUUCUCCCUAAACGACAAGGGCAUUAAGAAGCUGAUCGCGGAGACUUCUAGUGGCGGGGUGACGGCCAACGACGUCAUCGUCCACACGACCGUGCCCUCGCUGCCCUACGGGGGCGUGGGGGGCAGCGGCAUGGGGUCCUACCAUGGCAAGAAGAGCUUCGAGACCUUCUCCCACCGCCGCUCUUGCCUGGUGAGGCCUCUGCUGAAUGAGGAGGCCCUCAGAGCCAGAUACCCCCCGAGCCCGGCCAAGAUGCCCCGUCACUGAGCUGCCCUGGCCUCGCUGUGCUGCGCCCUUGGACGGCUGCUCCUGGCACCCCUCUUGCUCCGAGGGCAUCCUCGCCUCCCUCUCUAGAGUAGAGACCAAUAAAGUUUCCCAGCAGCCCAGGAAUGUGCGUGCGUGC